CUGGAAUUGGAGAGGCGAAAUGACACCAGUUGAUGAGAGCCUUCGGGAUGCCGACUGGUCGAUAAGUCUUCUCUAUCUCUCUCUCAAUGAAAGCGAAAGUAAGAAUGGGGACAUGGAAUGCCCACACGUUUGAAAGCAGCAAAGCUGUCCAGAUUGCCAAAGAGAUGAGAAGGUAUAGCAUAGAAGUGCCAGGCUGGGAAUCUGUGAAAGUAGAUGGAAUGGAAUGGAAGUGGACUCUCUCAACUGUCAACUGGAGAGGAGUCAAUAACCUACUCCGAUAUUGUCACUCAGACGACAACCACAGGUUUUGGAGUGGUUGUCAUGAUGUCCUCAAGAGCAUCGAAGGCUUUCAUGCAGUGGGAGCCAAUCUCCUCCUACAGGUUCAUGACAGCAAGAUUCAAAUCAAAGGGGAGGAAGGUCACAAUCAUACAAUGCUACGCUACACUACACUAUGCACCUACAAAUAAUCCAGAUGAAGAGAAGAAGGAGGAGUUCUACAGACAAAUGCAAUCAGUGUAGGACAAGACCCCACUUCAGUUGGCGAUAUCAAGAUUCUAAUGGACGACGCGAAUGCCAAACUGGGAGCGGACAACACAGGAGUGGAACCAAUCAUACGUGGAGAAGCACUCGGUGAAAUGAACGAGAAUGGAGAACUGUUUGCAGGUAUCUGCGCAUUUAUUGACUUGGUGAUUGGAG